UGUGGAGUUUUGCUCACCUCUGGGAUUCAGGAAGUUGCCCUGGGCAUGAGGCCAAGGAGAGAAGUCAGAGUAGAGACGGGGUUUUCACCGUGUUAGCCAGGAUGGUCUCGAUCUCCUGACCUCGUGAUCCGCCCGCCCGCCUCGGCCUCUCAAAGUGCUGGGAUUACAGGAGUGAGCCACGGCGCCCGGACUUCCUCCUUUUUUUAAGCAAAGCCUGUUAGAAUGGCUUGGAUCUCGAGGUGGCGUCUUACCCGACCUCUGAGGGCUCUGGAGCCGCUGCGGGAGAAUGACCCUGUCGGUAUUUUUGAGGCUGCUUUGAGCGCGGCCCCCCUGCCAAGUACCCGGCCAUCAAGGCCCUGAUGCGGCCGGACCCGCGCCUCAAGUGGGCGGUGCUGGCGCUGGUGCUGGUGCAGCUGCUGGCCUGCUGGCUGGUGCGCGGGCUGGCCUGGCGCUGGCUGCUGUUCUGGGCCUACGCCUUUGGAGGCUGCGUGAACCACUCGCUGACGCUGGCCAUCCACGACAUCUCGCACAACGCGGCCUUUGGCACGGGCUGUGCGGCGCGCAACCGCUGGCUGGCCGUGUUUGCCAAUCUGCCCGUGGGUGUGCCCUACGCCGCCUCCUUCAAGAAGUACCACGUGGACCACCACCGCUACCUGGGCGGCGAUGGGCUGGACGUGGACGUGCCCACGCGUCUGGAGGGCUGGUUCUUCUGCACACCCGCCCGCAAGCUGCUCUGGCUGGUGCUGCAGCCCUUCUUCUACUCACUGCGGCCGCUCUGCGUCCACCCCAAGGCUGUGACCCGCAUGGAGGUGCUCAACACGCUGGUGCAGCUGGCGGCCGACGUGGCCAUCUUUGCCCUCUGGGGGCUCAAGCCCGUGGUCUACCUGCUGGCCAGCUCCUUCCUGGGCCUGGGCCUGCACCCCAUCUCGGGCCACUUCGUGGCCGAGCACUACAUGUUCCUCAAGGGCCACGAGACCUACUCCUAUUACGGGCCCCUCAACUGGAUCACCUUCAAUGUGGGCUACCACGUGGAGCACCACGACUUCCCCAGCAUCCCGGGCUACAGCCUGCCGCUGGUGCGGAAGAUCGCGCCUGAGUACUACGACCACCUGCCGCAGCACCACUCCUGGGUGAAGGUGCUCUGGGAUUUUGUGUUUGAGGACUCCCUGGGGCCCUAUGCCAGGGUGAAGCGGGUGUACAGGCUGGCAAAGGACGGCCUGUGAGCCCGGGCUGCCUCCUGGUGGCGGCCAUUUUCCCCCACCGGCCCCUCGGCCUCGCACCCCAGCACUGAGAAGCUGCAUUUCCUUCCUGUGCUCUGGACUGCUGUCCUUGUCCCCGAGGAGUGUCCCGCGCAGCCACACCUGGCGACAGCAGUGUGGGCUGCAGGGCUGCGUCUGCACGUGGACUUGCCCUGGACCUUGAGUGUGGCCCUCCCUUUCUGGGCCUCCCCGGGUGAGGCCUGGCCCUGCCCCACCAUGACCUGGGUGCUCUGAGCCCACGGUUCCCACGGAGCUGACUUCUCUGGGGUGCCUGUGCCCUAUAUUAAACCCGGCGUUUGUUUCACAGCCCAUGGAUUGUGCUUCUGAGGGGGUGGUCUGGGCUUUAGCCUGGCCCCAGGGAAUGGGGCGCUGGGCCGCCCCGAUGGGUGGAGCUUGAGGCCUGAGUGCCACUUCCUCCAGGCCAGGCCCAGGUCCUGCUGUGCACUCCUGGCUCUUUGUGGGACGGUGGCUGCUGCUGGCAGUGCUCCCUGAGGGCCUGCCACUGUGGUGUGCACACACACUGAGGUGUGGACAGCAGAAAGCUCACUUUGGUCAUCUGUGUGGCCCCAAAUCCCUCUUAGGGGCCUGGGGAUCCCACUGCUCCCUUGCCUGGCUGAGCCAUACAGAGGCUGGCUCCCCCAUCCCCCUGAGCCCACACCACCUGCCUCACCCCCACCCCUUGGGCCUGCUCACCACCUGCUCUCCGUAUGCCCUCCCGCGGCAGGGAGCGUCCCUGAACCCAGAGAGGGUCUGUCCCCGACACCAGCUCGGAGGAGGGGCUGGAGGACCUCUGCCCAGAUCUGGCACCCAAGGCCGGGGGCUGGCCGGGCAGGUGACUGUCCUGGUGAGCCACAGCUCAGAGGGAUGUGGGCCGGGCAGCGUCCUGGGAGCCUGUGUGACGUGGGACAUGUGUCGGUCCUUUCUACAGAAGGGCUGAGGGUGCAGCUGGGACCUAGGAGGUUGUCUUCUC